AUGUGGCACUCCAACCGGGCACCCACAGACAACCCAUUUCGCCUCACACUCUUCAUCCUCAUCUUUCUUAUAUAUGGGUCAUUACCGGUCGUAAAGGCGGAUUGUGUACUCUACGACACGUGCCAUACGGUAAAGCAUGGGACGGAAAAAUUGAGCUUGCCCUGUACAAAAAGCCCGGCAUCCCUGUCGAAGUCUCUCGAUGGUGCCAGCCAGAAGAAGCUUGCCGCCCUGUGUCCUCACUUGUUUUCUGAUGGCCCCAAUCCAUCCCUUUGCUGCUCGUCGACUCAAGUGGAUGUGCUGGUCAACCAGAUGAGCAUGCCAUCCCAAAUAUUGCAGCGAUGCGACUCGUGCGCCGACAAUUUCAUCAAAAUGUGGUGCGAUUUCACAUGCCACCCACGACAACACGAAUUUAUACAGGUGUUAAAAACGAACUCAAGUCAGCCGGGUAACGCGUCAUAUGUGGAUACGGUUAAAUUCGAGCUGCCGGCUGAUUUUGGGCACGGGAUGUUCGAGUCGUGCAAAAAUGUACGUUUUAUGCAAAGCCGAGCCCUCGAUCUAAUGUGCGGAAGUGGCGAUGGCGAUUGUACCCUCAACAAAUGGCUGGAUUUUAUGGGAACCAAAGAUCACACCAACCAUAUCCCCUUCAACAUUAAAUUUCAAUUAAGUCGAUGCUUCGAGAUGAUUCCGCUAGAAUGCUACCCACUGGCAGCAGCCUUUGUGGCUGUAUUAAUCCUGUUGUUUUUCGUUAUUGUUAUCCUAUGCAACAAAUGGCUUCCAUUCCUCAGGGCUCGUAAGGGCAUCCAAGAGGAGCCAAUCAUGGAAGCCAGCUAUUCGUGUCUACCGUAUAUGGGCAAAUAUCUGGAGGAUUAUUUGGAGAAUAAGGCCAGAGAAUAUGGAAGGACUGCCUAUCAUAAACCACUACGGGUACUGACUUUUGGCGGUCUGGUUGCCUUGUUAUUCAUCGUCCCCAUCUAUCGUCUAAGCUUUUCGGAAGAGCUUGUCGAUCUCUGGUCGGUACCACAAAGCCGAGCGCGUCUCGAGAAGGAAUAUUACGACACUAAAUUCGGUCCUUUCAUGCGAACAGCACAGUUGAGCAUCUACCCUCAGAAAUUCCCAGCUGAUCAAGCUGCCGGGCAAAACCUUCGGGCCGCUAACGGAGAGAUGUUCGGUCCAGCCUUUCGGAGGCCAUUCUUAGAAUAUGCUUUCAAACUUGUUGCGGGUAUCCAUGAAAUCUCAGCUGAAAUCUGUCUGGAUACCGAGGCCGAGCAAGCCAAGAACGGGUUUAUCUGCAAGAAUCUAGUCAAUGUAACAUUGAAUGAUGUCUGCAUCAAGCCAAUGGGCCCCACCGGGAACUGUCUGAUCAUGGGCCCUACUUCGUAUUUCCAGCCGGAAUUCGUCUUCGGGCAUGAUGAUAAAUCACUAAACACCUCCUUUGCGUUGGCCAUGUUGAUCAACUUCCCAUUAAUGAGUGAGAAGCAUAAUCUGCCCAAAGUGUUGGCAUGGGAGAGGGAAUAUUUGCGAUACAUGCAGCAGACGCCACACGAUUCUUACACAAUCUCCUUUAUGGCAGAGCGAUCUAUUCAGGACGAGAUCGAAGCUGAGACUCGCUCGGAUGCCGUUUUGAUUGUAAUGGCUUAUAUCCUAAUCAUUGCUUAUGCCUGCUUUGUCCUUGGCCAGUAUGACGUGACAAACAACCAGCUAAGCUCGCUGAUGAAUCAAUCGCGUAUGCUGAUGGGAUUCCUUGGGCUAUUUCUGGCCGUCCUUUCGGUUGUCAGUUCAAUGGGUCUAUUCGCCAUGUUUGGAGUGAAACCAACCAGAUUGUUGCUCUUGAUCGUGCCAUUCAUCGUCAUAAUCAUUGCAUAUAAUAAUAUUUUUGUGUUUGUUCGUGCAUACCAGCGCACUCGCUUCGAACAUAAAGAACUGGAAAUUCGGAUCAUCAACCUUUGUGGCUACUUAAUUCCAUCUUUCGUCUCCAGCACAGCUUCAACUGUAGCAUGUUUUGGAUUGGGUUAUCUAUCCGGGGUCGCGACAGUAUCAAAUUUCUCAACUUGCUGUGCAAUUGCGCUCGUCUUGAACCUUUACUUCCAAGGCACCAUCUUUUUGGUGCUUUUCAUUUGGGACAGCAAGCGAGCUGAAGCCGGUCGUCCUGAAUUUUGUUGCUGGCAGAAGAUGUUCCCGAAUCGCUUAAUUCACAACGGCUAUACCAUUCUGUUGUUCAGAAACUUCUGGUCGAAGGUUUUGCUGUUCGGCUGGGUGCGAGGGCUUGUGAUAACCCUUUUUGCCAUCUGGACACUGGCAUCAGUGUAUGCAAUGCAGUUUAUGGUAAUUGGGAUGGAUCCACGAAUUCCGCUGCCUGACGGUUCUUAUGUCGUCCGACAUUUCGACGCAAUGGAACGAUUCCAAUCGUUCGGACCACCAGUGUAUUUUGUUGUGAAAGGAGAGUUGGACUAUUCUGAUCCAAAAGUACAGUCGGCGCUUUGCACCGCUGGCGGCUGCGAUCCUCAAUCGUUUGGAAAUCUAUUGAGAGAUGCCAGUCAACUUCCUGCCAGUACCCUAAUACCAUUUGGUGGACUGAACUGGGUGGACGAUUUCAUGGACUGGCAAGAUGUCGUGGGAGAUCCACCAUGUUGUCGAAAAGACGAGUACGGGCACUUUUGUCCAGCGUCGAGCACAAAUCCGAAUUGCACAUACUGUGGAGCCGGGGAGGAUCAGUUCUAUGAACGCGUCAGCUACUUCAAGACUGACAUCCCGGGAGAGAAGUGUCCUAGGGGUGGAGCAGCCGCACACGGUGGUUCGAUUUCUAUGAAACGCCCGGGCGGCCGUCGUCACAUCGAUGCUUCUCAUUUCAUGGCAUUUCACAAAAAUCUCGCCACUAGCGCCGACUUCAUCGAGGCGGUCUCGGCUUCACGAAAACUGGCCAACACGCUCGAGUCCAAUCUUCGAGUUGCAACCGGAAACUAUGAAGUUGAAGUGUUCCCAUACAGCAUCUUCUACGUGUUCUACGACAUGUAUCCGGAGCUUGUCUCCGAUGCAGUCAGUCGGAUCAUUGCGGCGAUGGUUGGAAUCUGGCUGGUUAUGUAUAUAAUUCUUGGAUUCGACUUCACCACAGCCACGUCGGUAUUGAUCUCUAUCAUGGCGGCUACAAUCAAUGUAUUCGGCGCCAUGAGUAUCUUCCAAGUCGAGCUGAACCCAUUAUCGCUGGCAAAUAUUUUCAUGUCAAUUGCUGUCGCCGUUGAAUUCUCAGCACCCGUGGCUAGAGCUUAUAAGCACAGCAAACAGAAGAAGCGUAAUGAGCGAGUUGAAGAAGCCAUAGUCAACGCGGGAAGCUCGCUAUUCUCUGGCCUAUUUCUUUGUAUGUUCGGAGGUAGCAUUGUACUCGCAUUCGCUCAUGCGCAAAUUUUCCGGAUAUAUUACUUCCGUAUGUUCUCAACAAUUGUCUUUGUCGGGAUGCUCCAUGGGCUCGUGCUUCUGCCCGUCAUUCUCUCAUUUGUCGGCUCCAAUCACAAGCCUUUCGUCAGCAGUCCGCGUUUCGGCCAGGAAUGUUUCGAUUUCCUUACCACGCAUCUACGCAAGAAAGAACAAGCCAUGCAUACAUCCAGCUCGACAAGGCAUUCUGCCUCCCCCACCCCACAUUCCUUCCGCAACGAUCAAAACCGACGGGUUGUCGCCGCUAUGCCAAUCGAAGAAGCUCGCCCGUUGAUCAACUACGCCUUGUUGCCGCCCCUCGCCCCAUCGACACACUUGCCGCAUAGCAGCAAAGACAUUUUCAGACAGACCCCUCAGGGCAACCAAUCUCCAAUCACCGAAGUACACCGGUCUCUGCCACAUAUCAUUCAA